AUGUCAACCAAAGGCACUAAGGUCAUAAGAACCAAGACGGGCCAUCUUUUAGAGAUUACGGAUGAGAAUGUCCAGUCAGUUAAUGCUCUUAAAUCCAAGCUCAAACGAGACUUUGGUAACGAUCAAGAUCCAUUGGAAGAUGCCGAUCAAGAGCAUGUAUCCAAAAAAUUGAGGUCUCAGAAACCAGCGCAAGAACCCGCAGGAAACCUGCCUAUAAAUUCUGACGACUUCAGACAGUACCAUCAGGCCAAAAGCAGAGUACGCGAUUUCUACAAAGAGCAACACGAGAAGCAAACUAUGGCAUUCAACUUACAGGCUAGAGUUAAUUUUAAGACCAAAACCAGAGCCAAAAUGACCAUUUGGGGUGCUCUAUGCAAACUUAGUAUGUUGAUUGACGACUCAGACCCUGACACAGAGCUAUCUCAAAUAGAUCAUGCACUACAAACAGCAGAAGCUAUCCGUGCCGAUGGGAUGCCCCGAUGGAUGCAAUUAGUAGGUUUGAUCCAUGAUUUGGGAAAAAUUCUCUAUUUUUUCGAUAGCGAAGGUCAAUGGGAUGUCGUGGGAGAUACUUUCCCUAUAGGUUGCCAAUUUGCGGACGAGAUCAUCUUUCAAGAGUUCUUCGAGGGCAACCCAGACAAUUCGCACCCAAUUUACUCUACAAAAUUGGGCAUUUAUGAAAAGGGCUGUGGUUUGGGAUCCGUGAUGAUUUCUUGGGGCCACGACGAAUAUAUGUAUUACAUUGCGAAGAGCCAGUCCACUUUGAAUGAAAAGGCAUUGGCCAUGAUAAGGUAUCAUUCUUUUUAUCCAUGGCACAGAGAGGGUGCAUACCGAUAUCUUAUGAAUGACAAGGAUCUCGAAAUGUUACAAGAGGUACAGGCUUUUAAUAAAUACGACCUGUAUUCGAAAUCACUAACAAGGCAUAGUGUAAAAGAGUUGGAGCCUUAUUAUCUCGAACUCAUUGAUGAGUUCUUUCCAGUAAAGUACAUCGAAUUCUAA